GCUCACAGUCAAAGCCACGCCUCCACAUUAAGAAAUAUGAUACUAGUGUGGCAGCUUUAAAAGGCUGGAUCCCUUCCUGUUGGUUAGAGGCACUUUUACAACCCUUUCAGCAUAUUUUUCCAGUGAAUUCACUCAAGUCUGGGCAGCACAUGGAAAUGGAGGACCAAAUGGAAAGCCAGAAGAGGAGAGGAGUGAGCAGAGAUACGCUAAUAUCUGAAGGGCCGAUUGGAUCUCUGGGAUGUUGCGGCUGGGUGCUGGUCAUUCUCUCAGGGAUUUUUGUUUUUUUUACCUUCCCAAUAACAAUCUGGGUUUGCUUUAAGAUUGUUCAGGAGUACGAGCGGGCCGUCAUCUUCAGACUUGGUCGCAUCACCGACCGAAAGGCAAAAGGACCAGGAAUUUUCUUCAUUUUGCCAUGCACUGAUUCUAUUGUGAAAGUGGAUCUGAGAACUGUGUCAUUUGACAUCCCACCACAAGAGAUUCUCACUAAGGAUUCAGUCACUGUGAGUGUGGACGGUGUUGUGUACUUCAGAGUAAGCGACCCCAUCGCCUCUGUGGCCAACGUGACUAACGCUGACUUCUCCACUCGCCUGCUGGCACAAACCACCCUCAGAAAUGUUCUUGGCACCAAGAACCUCGCAGAGGUCUUGUCUGAUCGGGAGGGCAUCGCCCACAGCAUGCAGUCAAGUCUGGAUGAAGCCACGGACAACUGGGGCAUCAAGGUGGAACGUGUGGAGAUCAAAGAUGUGAAACUGCCUCUUCAACUGCAGAGAGCCAUGGCUGCCGAAGCUGAAGCAUCUCGAGAGGCCAGGGCAAAGGUGAUUGCAGCUGAAGGUGAAAUGAAUGCCUCCCGGGCCCUGAAGGAGGCGUCCCUUGUUAUUGCAGAGUCUCCAUCAGCCCUGCAGCUCCGCUAUCUGCAGACUCUCAACACCAUUGCAGCGGAGAAGAACUCCACCAUCAUCUUCCCACUCCCUAUGGAUGUCAUAUCUCACUUCAUGCGCAAGUGAGGCUGCUGAAGCUAUCAUUUGGAGUAUAAGGAAGUAGUUGGGCUGCAGUUAUUGACUCACUUCUCUAAUGUAAACAUAUAACGCACCCUUCAUAUUUUGAUACAGCUAAAAUGUAAAAGGUGUGCGGUCCAUAUAUGAUUAACAAAAUCCUUUCCUUUCGCUUCACAAUUAUUCCCUACAUUUUUAUAAUAUAUAAAUUAAAUUCCAUCAAAAUACAUUAUAUUUGCAACUACAACAUAAAAAAGCAUAUGCUAGAGAAAAAAACUGCCAGAAAUCACUGCCAAUCCUUCAUGGCUUAGUGAUUGUUAGCUUUGAUCAAACAAAGUCUUUCUUAUGGAUGUGACAUAAAUAGAAAAUGGAAUGCCAAAUGUAAUGUGGUUUCUAAUUUUGUGUCUGUAAUGAUGUUAUACAAGUAGCUAAAUGUUUUAAUAAAUGUGUUUGUUUCAUUGUGUCGAAAAA